AAUCGUUCUUCUCCCGCAUUUGUAUUUGUUAUAGAAAUCUGGAAGAAACAGGGUAUUGCAUGGUGUUCCAAAACACUGUACAACGUCGAUCGAUGGUGUCAAUUCUACAUCGAUCGAUUGUUGUGGUAACACCCUUAGGGGAUACAGCGCCCAUCUGCAUACUGUACAGAUUUUUUUUUUUUAUUUUAACAAGGCUCAAGAAAAGCCAAUGUACUCCACUAUUCCUGAUCGCAUACCGCGAGCGCAACGCAGGCGCUGUUAUACACACCCACUCGCCGCACGCCGUGCGCUGUACGCUGCUUUAUGACAAGGAGUUCCGAAUUACACAUCAGGAAAUGAUCAAGGGUAUAAAAGACGCUAAAUUAGGGCGCUACCUUCGAUAUGACGAGGAACUAGUGGUGCCCAUAAUAGAGAACACACCAUUCGAGAAAGACCUGGCUUGUAGUAUGGCAGAAGCGAUACAGAAGUAUCCAGGCACCAGCGCAGUACUUGUUAGACGACAUGGCGUUUAUGUCUGGGGCGAUACGUGGCAACAAGCUAAGACGAUGACGGAAUGCUAUGAUUACUUAUUCGAAAUGGCCGUGGAGAUGAAGAAACUGGGGCUCGAUCCAACGUUCAACCCUGAGAAUGGUGCUAACGGAAAAUCCUAAUCAAUUGUCUCAACUUUUAAAUUAAUACCAACCAACAUAUCACUUAGGUAGGGUAGGGUGGUCGACUAGUGAACUAAGUGUACACUAUGAAUCGCGCCAAUAACUCAAAAAUGCGAUAUUGAAAUUUGGUGCAAAUCGCACCAGGUGAGCUUCUACUAUAAGCACCACACUUUACCUAGUCUACAACUGCAGCUUGGAUGCCCAAGGGCGAUGGUGCAGAAUGAACCACUUUUAAGAUGUACACAAUGAACCUAUGACAACUUAAUGAUAAAUUAAACAUGAAAAUGUUGACUGCUAGAUCUUUAAAAAAAUCACACAGUAAGUGCACGACUGAGUUACAAAACUCCUAUUGUGAAUUUGUGAGACUUAAGCUGUUUUUCUUCGUUAUAUUUCAUUAUUAUAUUUUUAAAAGCUGAUGUUCUAUUUCAAUUAUGUUUAAUAUUUCAGUCGGAUGCCCAAAAACUUAUUGUUUUCAAUAAUUUAAGUAAAAACUACGUUGUAUUUCACAUUUUUUAUAAAAAUAAAAUAUUUUGCUGAUGAUUGUAUUAAUCAUGUACAUUUUGGCGUAUUUGGUUCAUUACGUACCAGCCCCCGGUUCAAAGAGUACCAUGGAGUGCGCACAGUGAACCAUUUCUCACUUUGUAAAAAAAACAUGUUUUUGAAGGACUGACUGUAUUUGGACAAAAAUGAAGUACUACUUUAUUAUACCCAGUAUAAUUACCUAUAAUUUUAAGCAAAAUCUGUAUAAUUUAGGUUCUUAGAUCCAGAUUCACAGCUCUUAAAAUUUAGAUGAUUCAUUAUCAACCACCCUACCGUACAUACUUUAAGAAUUCAUUAAAAAAAGAACACACUGCAACGUUUCUCCGCUAGAGGCGCCACUAAUAACUUAAACACAUUUUACAAAUGCUUUUAUGACAGAACAGUCCAAAGAUUUACCAGAUUUAGUCUACAGAUUAAUUGUAGCAAAUUAUGUCUAAUGUUGUAAAAAAAAAAGUGAUUAACGUAUCCACUUCGUAACACGUCAAACAAACUCAGUUGCUAUUGCUACUGAAAACGCUGAACUGAACAGAAAAAAUAUUUCUAAGUAAAAGGCAAAAAUACGAAAUAAGUAACAAAUUGUAAAAAAUUUGCGGCUUUAGAAACUAACAAUUGCCUUUGUACUAUAACGAGGCAAUUUGAUAAAUUUGCGGCAGAACAGGCUGUUCAACAUUCAAAUAAACAAAAUGGCCGGCCUAUACUAUCUAUAUACUACCUAUACUUCGGACCACUACAAGAAGUUCGAAUUAUUAGAGAAAGAUGAAGUGGUAAAACGUUAUAAAGGGCGGUCGGAAACUAUUAGAGAUGGAGUGGUAGAAUGUCAUAGUGGGCAUUGAAAGAGUUUUUGAACAGAGAGAGAAAAGGACAGGUGGAAGUUAUGCUAUGUUGUAGGUCGACAAUUUUUGUCAACAAAUAUUGCAAUAACGGAUUUAAUACUAAAUUAUCAUGAUUCGUGAAGAAUCCGUUGGAGUUCUUAAUCAUUAUUUGGAUUAUUAUUUAAUAUGGCCCCCGUACAAGUAUUAUUUCAUUCCUCAGUAGGAAAUUGCUUCAAAGUACGCACACCUCUGGCCGAACCCGACCUUGCACUGCAGGGUACAGGCCCAGUCUGCCCCCACUUAGACCUGUUUACUGUUUCUUUAUCAUUGCAGUUUGUGGCGCCUCUAACGCCAAAACUUGGAACUAUAAUUUUGUUUGUCGAAUGUCAUAUAUAUUCUGUGAUGGUGGGCUAAUAAUUUUGUGCCAUAUUUUUAGGAUAUAAUUACUUGUUGAAUAAUAUGUUUAUUUUUUUACUUAUAUUUUUAAUUAUUUAUUAAUACAUAAAACUGGGUAAUCAAAUUCCACG